UUGGAGUCUCAGCCGUCUCACCCAGCACUGGCUUUGUGUGGCACAGCACUGGGUUCUACAGCUCUCUGUGGUUUCCAAAGGUCAGUACUCAGGAUGGACAUUCCCCUUCCAUCCUGUUCACAUGGAAGACACAUGACCAUGAGCCAGCUACUCAUAAAGAGCUGUGGUUGUAUUUGACUAACAGCUUGCAAGAAGUGCUUGUGUGUCUGCAGUGUCUGUCCAGGAGCAACCCGUGAGACAGAAGGAGGAGCGAGGGAUAAGUCUGAAAACAUAAACUUGGUGUAAAUCAGUGCAGCAAGGUCUGUUGAACCAGUAACUCCGUGAGCGCUUCCACGUCGCAGUCGGAUCAUUCCACUCACACCAAAUCUGCUUCUGCUUUGUCGUCUGACUCCAUCUCCACCUCAGCAGACAACUUCUCUCCAGAUUUAAGGGUCCUGAGGGAGGCCAAUAAAUUGGCUGAAAUGGAAGAGCCACCUUUGUUGCCCGGGGAAACCAUUAAAGACAUGGCUAAGGAUGUUACUUACAUCUGCCCCUUCACUGGAGCAAUCAGAGGAACCCUUACUGUUACCAAUUAUAGACUGUAUUUUAAAAGCAUGGAACGGGACCCUCCUUUUGUCCUAGAUGCAUCUUUAGGUGUAAUCAACAGAGUGGAGAAAAUUGGAGGUGCUUCCAGUCGCGGUGAAAAUUCAUAUGGGCUGGAGAUUGUAUGCAAGGAUAUUCGAAACUUGCGGUUUGCUCAUAAGCCUGAAGGGAGAACUAGACGAUCCAUAUUUGAGAACCUAAUGAAAUAUGCUUUUCCAGUUUCAAAUAAUCUGCCACUUUUUGCCUUUGAGUACAAAGAGGUUUUCCCAGAAAAUGGAUGGAAAGUGUAUGACCCAACCUGGGAGUACAGAAGACAGGGAAUUCCCAAUGAAAGCUGGAGGCUGACCAAGAUUAAUGAGCGCUAUGAGCUGUGUGAUACAUACCCUGCCAUUCUAGCUGUGCCUGUAAACAUUCCCGACGAGGAAUUAAAGAGAGUGGCAUCCUUCAGAUCCAGAGGACGCAUACCAGUCUUGUCAUGGAUUCACCCAGAAAGUCAAGCAACAAUCACUCGCUGUAGCCAGCCCAUGGUGGGAGUGAGUGGCAAGCGGAGCAAGGAGGAUGAAAAGUACCUUCAAGCCAUCAUGGAUUCUAAUGCCCAGUCCCAUAAAAUCUUCAUAUUUGAUGCAAGGCCUAGCGUGAAUGCUGUAGCAAAUAAGGCUAAAGGAGGGGGCUAUGAGAGCGAGGAUGCCUAUCAGAAUGCAGAACUAGUGUUCCUGGAUAUUCACAAUAUUCAUGUUAUGAGAGAGUCACUGAGAAAACUGAAAGAAAUUGUGUAUCCCAAUAUCGAGGAGACUCAUUGGCUGUCUAAUUUAGAGUCAACUCACUGGCUGGAGCAUAUCAAGCUCAUUCUUGCUGGAGCCCUUCGGAUUGCUGACAAAGUGGAAUCGGGGAAGACAUCCGUGGUUGUGCACUGCAGUGACGGCUGGGACCGGACAGCCCAGCUCACCUCUCUGGCCCUGCUCAUGCUGGAUGGCUACUACAGAACCAUCAGGGGCUUUGAGGUGCUCGUGGAGAAGGAGUGGCUGAGCUUCGGCCACAGGUUUCAGCUGAGAGUUGGCCACGGGGACAAGAAUCACGCGGAUGCAGAUCGCUCUCCCGUCUUCCUGCAGUUCAUCGACUGUGUCUGGCAAAUGACAAGACAGUUUCCUACAGCAUUUGAGUUCAAUGAGUACUUCCUGAUCACCAUCCUGGACCACCUGUACAGCUGUUUGUUUGGAACCUUCCUGUGCAGCAGUGAGCAGCAGAGAGUGAAGGAGAGCCUUCCAAAAAAGACUGUAUCACUUUGGUCUUACAUCAACAGCCAGCUGGAGGAGUUUACUAACCCCUUGUACGUGAGCUACUCCAACCACGUCCUGUAUCCCGUGGCCAGCAUGCGCCACCUCGAGCUGUGGGUCGGCUACUACAUCCGCUGGAACCCCAGGAUGAAGCCUCAGGAACCUGUUCACAAUCGCUACAAGGAGCUCCUGGCCAAGCGGGCUGAGCUGCAGAAGAAAGUGGAGGAGCUGCAGAGGGAAAUCACCAACCGUUCCAGCUCCUCCUCGGAGCGAGCCGGCUCUCCCGCACAGUGCGUCGCUCCCGUACAGACAGUUGUAUAAUACGGACAUUUUCUGCUGACUAUCUUCCCAGGACCGUGGGGGGCAGCUUUUCCAAAACCUCCUGGAUUUCCAGCAUGGUGCCUGGGACAUGCCCACCUAUUUAUUUAUUUCUCUCCAGGGUAAUUUAUUAGUACUGUAGCACUAGGAAAAGCUUAAAGCAGAAACCAACACAGACAAGGCCCCCUAUGCAAGUCCCCUUCUCAGUGGCUAGCUUACAAUACAAGCCAACUGCACUUGCCACCUGUAAGAAGCCCGGAGCUUGCUCUUUGUUCACUGAUGUGCUGGAAAUCACUUGGCUUGAAAGAGUCUGUGCAUGAGCAUGAAGCACCAUGGAGGAAAAACAUCUGCUCAGAAGUUGGAAAGGCCAAACCUGACUUUAUAUUGGAGCCUCAGAUGCAGCUGUGCCACCACACACCCUCCUGCACAGCAGAGUGAAUGAGGGCCUUUUCCAGCACACCUGGAAAUAAGCAACAGCAGUGUCUGAAACAAGUCAUUCCCUGCACCUCGACCUAGAUCAUAGGAAGCCAUGUAAACGAUGCCUUAUUUAAAGGAAGGGCAGCUUCUCCCAAUAAAACACUGCGGUAGAGGAGCAACACUACAGGACUUGAUUUUGUGGGACAACGUUUACUUCCAUCUCUGCAACUUUAGAAUCUCACUUAUGGUUUACAGUGGGUGUGCCAGAAUGCAACUUAAGCACCUUUAUUUCAGAGGGGGGAGUAGACUGUGGCUCCCCUGGGCUUUCCACAGCUCCUCUGGCCUCCAGUGCCUCGUAGUCAUCAGGGGAAAAGGUAGUGGAAUACCAAGGGGCACGUGUGAACUGCUGGGAUCAGCCAUUACAUUUUGCUUGGGUAAGCAUAAUUAGCAAUUUUAAUGCUUCUGUGCAGGGUUAUAGUGGUGUACUUAUGGUAUUUCAGCUUUCUGCUAACUAAUGGAAGCGACUGUGCAUCAACCAAAGACGCCUUUCUGCCUGCAUUGCAACUGCCGCUUUAGGUUUUCCUGGCAGACUGAACAGCUUAGCCAUUUUCUAACCCUACCUUCUUCCUCAUAGUCUGCUUCAAGAACUGGUGUCACUCUACACUCAAGCUGAAAUUCAAUUUUAAUACAAAAAUUUACUGUAGGAGAUACAACACACUUGGUGAAACCAUGACUGCCCCCUUGCUCUUCCAGACAGGUAAGCACAGGGAUACAGAGGGAUCUUAGAGCAAA